AUGCAUGAGCAGCUGGAUGCCAGCAGCAGUGGCCGGCUGCCAUGUGAGUGCCAGGAGAGGGCGCGGUAUGACUUCUACGCUUCUCCCCACGGCUCGGUCGAAGAGGCCAUGUUUACCGGCUUUGCCCAGUUCUUCCGCGCUGAAGAUUUCCACCGAAGAGAGCUGCGAAGGUACACCUCUUUGGUUUCAAGAGUUCACUUGAUGGCAGGCCUGCGAGUCUCCGCCCUCCUGGCCCGCUUGAGCCGCCUGCUCUUCGGGCUCGGGGUCGCCGGCUUGAAGCCAUUGAGCCUGAUGCCACCAAGAAGGCCGGUUCCCGUUCUGGGAGGUGUGGUGUCCGGAUCUUGCAUGGCAGCUCUUGGGGUUGUGCUCAGACUGCCAGAGCUUCGAGGUCCGGUGCUCGAAAUCGGGGCUGGGCGUGGGCUUCUCGGCUUCGCCGCAGCAGCCGCUCUCGGAUGCUCGGGGAUGGUCACAGACUUGGAGGAGGACGUGUGUGAAGCUUUGGGGCGGAGCCUGCAGGCCACAGCGGAGCUGGGAAGUUGCUUGGAUGUGCACGCAGAAGUCUUGGACUGGGAUGAUGGCCUGGAAGAGGCCACUUCGCGCUUGGGAGACCCCGAUCCGGGCCUUCUUUUGGGAGCCGAUUUGUUGUGGGCAGAUGAUGCAGUCGACUCCUUGUUCGAGGCUGUCGAGAAAGCGGUGACAGACGGAUGGACUUUCGUCUACGGCGCAUCGGACCGCCCCUCCAAUGACCUGUUGGCACGGCAACUUGCAGAGAUGAGAGGCACAACCUUGGACAGUUUCAGCUAUCGCGUGGAGAAGGUAUGCCGUGAGUGCUACGGCUGGCAGACUGCUGAAGACUGCAGAGUCUUUGUGUGGCGAAGGGCAACAGGAAGCAAAGAAACACUGGCCCUAGUCAUCUCCAUUGUUCUUCUUUCUCUUGCUGUUGUCAUGGUGCCCUGGACGGAUGCUCAUCUCGGUUCAAGGGCGAAGCAGCAAAAGAAAGCUGCAGGCCGGAGCCCCCAGAGCCUGCGACGAGAUGACAGCUCACCGUCUCUCAAGUCCAUGACAAUGAAGGCAAAGCCGCGCUCGCUCUUCCUGGGGUCCCUCCUGCAGUUCCUCGAGCUCGAGUUUGAAAUCGGAUCGGUAGUCUGGCCGGAGGUCUUUAGUGCUUUGACCAUGGCGGCUCCGUCCCUGUAUGCCUUACAUGCCGCGCCUGAGCUUGCCUCCAACGCAGUUUUCCCGGAGGGUGUCUGGGCGCUGGCGAUCGGCACCAUGAUGCACUGCCCCUUCAGUAUGGCAUACCACCUCGCCUCCGCCCUUCUCAACGAGCGUGAGGGCUAUGACCCCAUGUGCACUCCGUUUCGCACGCUGGACAUCUCAGCGAUCCACAUCAAUUGCGUCGUCUUCGGCUGGGCCCUGAGCGGCGGCAGCCUGAUCUUCGCCCUCUUCAUGGCAAUGCUCAACGCGCCAUGCAUCUUCAUACUACUGCGCCGCGUCGUGCAGGGAAGGCCCGGUGGCCUGGACGAGAACGUUCGAGUGACCUUUCAGGUUCUUACAUACACGCUCCCCUUGCUCUUUCGCGGCCUCUACUUCCACUAUCUGGCCACCAUCUCGAUGUGGCUGGGUGCCUGCCUGUUUUUCGCCUUGGCCAAUUACUUCAGACUGGGAGGAGGAUGGAGCCACGGGAUUUUCCACCUCAUGUGCUUUCCCUUUCUCCACUUCAUGAUGUCUGGCCUGGAGCUCGGCGAGUCGCCAUUCGCCGCAGUGGAUGCCUACCUUGAAGCUCGUGGCCUGAACGUGGAAGGGCCCGUUGCGAGCAUUGCCCCGCAGAGCUUUCUGUUCGGUGCGAGCCAUCGACAGAGUGCUGCCUCGACCAGCGGCAAUGCUCGCACGAGGAAACGACAUGCCGAAGAUCCGGAGCCCCGGCGAGUUGCCACACCGCAGGCGGCCAACUCAUGGCCAAUGUCUUCGGCCUGGCAGAUGCCAGGCGGAUUCUUUCCGACGGCUGUCCCUGACAUCGGCUCGAGUGCCCCCCGCCCAAGCGAGAAUCCAAGGCCAGCUCUAGGCUGGAUGCCGAACCCAACACAUCCGGCACCUGCGCCGCCUGCGCCCAUGCAGCCGGCGGCGUUCGCCUUCCUCCCGCAGGUUUCCGCCACGCCAGCCUUCCAACCCACCCACCAUGCAGGCCUUCCCAAAGCCACCAGGCAGAGGCCACAUGGGACGUUGCAGAUUGAGCUUCCCGACCUCUCGCCGGAGCAGCAACUCGCCGUUGACGAGCCGUUGGACUGCCCACUCCUUGUUCUGGCCGGUCCCGGUAGUGGCAAGACACACUUCCUGGCAUGCCGCAUCACGCGCGCACUGUCGGCAUCUCCGCCCCAGGUGAUCGUUGCCGUGACGUAUACACGGAAGGCUGCCGCAGAGUUAUCCCAGCGGGUUCGAAAGCUCGCAGGGCCGGCCGGCAGCAAGGUCUGGAUCAGCACUGUGCACGGGCUGGCGCUGAGGCUCUUGCGCGAGGCUGGAGGCCGGAGGGGGUUGCCCGGCCGUGCAGCCUCAGAUCAGGAUCGCCGAGCUGCCGCACGAGUGGUGCUGGAGCAGCCGGAGCUAGUCCAACUCUUGCAGGCCUUGCCAGAAGCCGCCAUGGAGGAGAGCUGUGGCUGGGAAGAUGCCGCGGCCGCCGCAGUCUCGGCCCGAAAGGGCACGAAGAAGGGCGAUCCGGCGGCGACGUUCUUGCGGGCGAUGGAGCAUGUCGGCCGCCAGAAGCGGGAGGGAGUCGGUCUGGAAGAGCAGCCUCUGCUCGCAAGCGCACACGACAGCUUCUUGCAGGAACUCCGACGGCGGCGUCUCAUGGACGUCUCCGAGGUGAUAGCUUUGGCUUCGAGCUUGCUCGACGACGACGACCACGGAUCUCCUGGACUCUGUUGGGCCGCGAACUUCGUGCACAGGCUCUUCGUGGACGAGUGGCAGGAUACAGACAAAGAGCAGGCGCAAUUCCUGGCCAAGCUUCUUGCCCACCGCACGACUGUGACAGCUGUAGGAGACGACGACCAACGCAUCUAUGCUUGGCGCAGAGGUCAAACCAGCACCCCCGCUGAGGCCUUUCGUUCUCACUGGCCUCAAGCACAGCUCAAAACCUUGGGAGCCAACAAACGCUCCCUGCCCCACCUCGUCGAAGCCUCGAAGAAGCUGAUCCUCCACAACCGUCAGCGUGAGGAGAAAGAGUUGCGGCCUGCGCGUCCGGCAACUGUCUCCGACGGACCUGCAGCACAGGUCCAAGCAUUUGCCAAAGAGACAUUAUCGACCGAAGUUCGCUGGGCUGCGGACGAACUUCGAAGAUUGCGAGGAGAAGGCACUUCGUGGGGCUCAUUUGCAGUGCUGGCGCGCACGAACGCUUCAGCCUCCUUCGCGGCCCAGGUGUUUUCCCAGAUGAGCAUUCCAACUUGGCAAUCCACUGCGACCACCCGCAGCAGAACCUCCGGGGCGGCCCGCGCCUCCGUCGUGCUCGACUUGUUCGCGUACCUGAGGCUGGUCGUGGACCCGCACCAUGACGUGUCGUUCCUUCGUGUCUACAAUGUUCCUCGUCGUGGUGUCGGCAAGGCGGCCCUCCGUUGCCUGCGGGAGCAGUUCGGGGCCCCUGCCAGGCCUGCCGGAAACGG